UUUCAAUCAACUAGGCGAUCGCGAAUCAGCAGAAUAUCAAGAAAUGGAAUAAGACCCUGCAUAUCUGAUUGUAGCUUGUUUGAUCAUACUCGAGAGACGCCAAAUUAUGGAGGAACAGUCGCUGCUGGAUAUAAAUAAAAAUGGGAACCUAAUGGGGAACUGGACUCGAAAUUUUUCCUCGGAAAACUCGUCUAAAAUCAUCGAAACCAAUCCGCACGAAUACUACAUCUUUGAUAAGGUGUACAUAAGAAUAAUCUUCAUAUCGCUGUACACUGUCGUUUUCUGCUUGUGCUUUUUCGGAAACCUUCUGGUGAUUUUGGUUGUAACUAUGAGUCGACGUUUACGGUCAAUAACCAACUUUUUCCUUGCGAAUUUGGCUGUGGCAGAUUUUUUCGUUGCUAUUUUUUGUGUCUACCAAAAUCUAGUAAUAUACAUAAUUGAAAGUUGGAUGCUAGAGAACUUCCUGUGCAAGAUGUACAUGUUCAUCCAGUCCCUCAGCAAUACUGCCAGUAUUUUCAUUCUUGUAGUUAUAUGUACGGAGCGGUACUUCGCCAUCAUCUACCCAAUCACUUGCAAACAAAUACUUACUCCAAUCAGAUUGAAGUUAAUUAUCGUCGGAGUUUGGAUCACGUGUAUACUAUACAGUUCUCCGAAGUUUUAUUGGGGUAGCACAGUAACAGUUCCCUCGGGAAACAGCAGUGAAACUUUGUGCGUUCUCGAUAGGCAGAAAUACAAUUCUGAAUUAUUCGAUAUGAUUCAUUUCGUGCUGUUCUAUGUGAUACCUCUGGCAGUUAUGUCGACACAACUGAACGGAGAGGCGAAACUUCUUCAGAACGCUUCGUCGAACAGCAUGCCUAAUCCGAACUCCAGCCAGAAUGUCCUGAAGGCUCGCCGAGGAGUCAUCAAAAUGCUCAUAAUCGUCGUUUGCGCUUUCGCUCUUUGCAAUCUGCCAUAUCACGCUCGCAAAAUGUGGCAAUACUGGUCGCCGAAUUACCACGGAGAGUCAAACUUCAGCGCGCUCCUGACGCCUCUGACGUUCCUCUCGACUUACUUCAAUUCGGGAGUCAAUCCGCUGCUCUACGCUUUUUUGUCGAAGAAUUUCAGAAGGGGUAUGCGAGAAAUCUUGCUCUGCUCCUACCCCAGAAGAAGGCAGCAAGAGCGAAGAAACCACAUGAAUCUCCACUUCCAGAGGCACGCCUCUACCAGGUCAACAAUGAAGGGCAACGCCACCACGGUCACGAUUCUGCACAACGAACACAGCUCAGAGUGUUCCCAUGAAGUAUGAGGAUGCGCCUCCUGCCUCUAUUGUUCUAGAUAUAGCUGAAGAGGCAGAGAGAAAAAUAUCAACGAAUCACCACUUGUAUGAGGGUUCCCGACUCAAGGCUUUGGAAGCGGAGUUCACACUGUGAAUAAUGAUAUUGACUCGGUCUAAGCGCGUCAUUGAUUCUUUUAGCAAAAUGAUUCGCAUCUAACAGAAAUAUAUUUUGAAUUCAAUCAUGAAUUGUAGCACAGCCUUGUCUUUGACAAUUAUUCGGACUCCAUGCAAACUUAAUUGGAAUGUAAGAUGGGUAUUACUGGAGUUUUUCCCAACACCAAAUCGU